AUGGAUAUGGACCAUGAACCAAAUAUUCCCGACUUGAACUUAGACAUUGACCCUGAGCUUGAUGGGCCUGUAUUUGGACAUCCAAGUUGGGAUGAGGAAUUUCAAGGUGGUAGUGGUGAGGGUGAUAGUCAGGUCAACGAGCUAACCGACUCAGGCUUCAUCGACUGGUAUCCCGAACCCCCUCAAACAUACGGCAGGGGCUAUACAUUCCUCGAUCUGUUUCAUUCUGAUGAGAACAGUGUGUACCAUGUCACAAAUCAUUAUUAUCCGUUUAGUGGCUGGAAAGAGUGGGAGGUUGCAUCGUGGUUACUACGUUCAGGGUUGAGCAUGGCAAAGAUCGACAGCUUUCUUUCACUUGAGAUGAUAAAAAGUCUUCCGUUAUCAUUUUCGUCAGCCAAGGAACUACGUAGUCAAGCCGAAACGCUACCCAGCGGACCAUGCUGGUUGUCCCAAGUCAUCCCUACAGUACAUCCGACGAAAUUGCCUGUCAUUUUGUAUUGGCGUGAUCCCCUGGAGUGCAUCGCGAGUAUUUUAAAUCACCCUUUCUUUCACGAUUGGAUAGAUUUUACGCCUCGCAGGGUGUAUACUACAGCGCAGCGAUUGUGUCACGUGUACUCUGAAUGGAUGACUGCUGACGAUGCAUGGAACAUGCAGUCAGCCCUGCCAAGAGGUGCAAUGCUCCUUGGGACAAUUUUGUCAUCUGACAAGACCAAUAUCUCCAUGAUGACGGGUGACAGAGUCGCACAUCCCCUCCUCAUCAGCCUCGCUAACAUACACAGGUCCAUGCGGCUCAAAUCAUCAUCUAACACUUUCGUUCUUACCGCCCUCCUCCCGGUACCGAAAUUUAUCUAUAAAAAAAAUGCUGCUCGCGAAGGAGUCAUGUUGUCUGAUCCUGUUGGACACAGUCGAUACUGUUUUACACCGCUUGCAAGCUACAUCGUCGAUACUCCAGAGGCCAUGAUGCUGGCUAGUGUUGGUGGGAAAACCUCUCCAGUCACUAUGGCCAUGUAUAAGCAGUUCGGAGACUCUUUCCGCCACGAGCCUCGGACCAAAUCAACUACACUGGCCCAGCUGCGCAUCAUCCGGACAAGGGCUGAUCUGAACGAUAUCGAAGCAUUCUUUUGUGAAGCCCAGAUGUUUCGCUUAAACGGCGUAUCUGAACCAUUCUUCGAGGAUUGGGUGCUUUCUGAACCAUCUCAUUUCCUUACUCCUGAGACACUCCAUCACAUUCAUCGAGAGUUCUAUGACCACGAUGUGAAGUGGCUCAUUUGUGCAGUGGGGGACGCUGAACUUGACUUUCGCUUUUCUGUGCUACAGCCCAUCACAGGGUUUUGCCAUUUUCACGGCGGCAUUACAAAGCUCAAACAAGUUACAGGGUGUGCUCAGCGCGACAUCCAGCGCUCAAUCAUUGCAAUUAGUGCAGAUGCGGUUCCUAGCGCCGUGAUCACUGCCAUUCGAGCUCUAAUGGACUUUUGUUAUCUCGUGCAGUCACCUCGUAUUGACGAUGUUGAUCUCGAGCACAUUUCUGCAGCUCUCAAAGUGUUUCACGCCAACAAAGACUCAAUUUUAGCUGGUGGAUUUCGGCGUGGUCAGCAUGGUGCAGUCAUCGAUAACUGGUAUAUCCUGAAGAUUGAGCUUAUGCAGAGCAUAGUUCCGAGUAUCCGAAACAGUGGAGUUAUCAUGCAAUGGACCACUGACACUACAGAACAUGCACACAUCACCGAAAUCAAGGAUCCCGCAUGCUUGAGCAACAACCACGACUAUGAUUCACAGAUCUGUCGACAUCUGGACCGCACUGACAAAUGCCGUCGCUUCGAACUCACCACGAAUCUGCUGGACAACAUGCCAGGCUCGAAGCAGCAGGUUGACACAGAUCAUGGUGAUGCUGUUAAUGAUGACGUUGAUUUUGAUGUUGACGACGAUCAUGACAUCCCAGCAGAGCUUCUUGCGACCAUUGGAUGUCCUGGCCAUUCACGCCCCAUCACCAAUCACUUUGCAAUUGUGAAGCUCCUCCAGUACAGAGAGGUGGGGAGCCCCUUCAGUGACAAAUUCCGUAUUAUACGGGCCACCCGACCUACAUAA